AUUGUAAAACAAACUUCACCAUCAUACAAUGGCUCGUACCAAGCAGACUGCCCGUAAGUCUACUGGAGGAAAGGCUCCUCGCAAGCAGCUGGCUACCAAAGCCGCUCGCAAGAGCGCCCCGGCUACCGGAGGAGUCAAGAAGCCCCAUCGUUAUCGGCCAGGAACCGUCGCUCUGCGUGAAAUCCGUCGCUAUCAGAAGUCAACUGAGCUGCUGAUCCGCAAGCUGCCCUUCCAGCGCCUGGUUCGUGAAAUUGCUCAGGACUUCAAGACUGACCUGCGCUUCCAGAGCUCGGCUGUCAUGGCCCUACAGGAAGCUAGCGAGGCCUAUCUGGUCGGUCUUUUCGAAGAUACCAACCUGUGCGCCAUCCACGCCAAGCGUGUCACUAUCAUGCCCAAGGACAUUCAGCUGGCUCGCCGUAUCCGUGGAGAACGUGCCUAAAUUUGGUCUACGUUAAAAAACGGCCCUUUUCAGGGCCACUACCACAUUCCACAAAAGAGUUAUCAGGAAUUAUUCCCUCGGAAUAACUGACGAAGUCAACUUAUUCCCAUAUUUUCGCUAAAUCUAGACUAACUCUUGGCGCAUUUCGGCUAAAAUACACCAUUCGACUUCCAACAUCUUCGUAUCUCUCGCUAUCGUGAAAGAGCCAAUGAAUCGGUUACAUUACGCUACGCCUAGCCUACGCUAGCCAAUUAAUCGGUUACAUUACAUUACGCCAUUAUUGUUUUUAACGGCAGGGCAGACUGAACGACGCAGGUAACGACAUAUGUGUUCCGUUUGUAUCGAGUGCACAAGUCGGUAGGCAAAAUGACAAUGAAACGGCUUCAGCAUCAGCCGUGAUUUCUCUACCCAUAUUUCAAACUUCUACCCCUUUAUGGCAAACGAUGGAGGAUGUGGUGUGUGAGGAUGCUCGAUAUUCACCUAGAAAACUUAACUCAAAGCCCACCUUUGAUAAUGACAAACUAACACUGCUGGCAUGUUUCCACCAGCAAAACAGCACACAAUCUAGGUGGAAGUUGAGAAUAACAUUCCUCGUAACUUAACUCUAAGCACACCU